AUGGCUCUCCGUAGCCUCACAAAACGCGUGUUUGGACAGGAGGUUCAAUAUGAUGAGGCCAAUAACCUUCUCAACAAUGAUAUAGCGAUCAGUGAAGACCUGCUGGGGAAAGGAGUGUUUGGAGAGAUUCGGAAAGCAAUCCUCCCGGGAAGAAGUAACAUUGUCGCCAAAAUUAUCCAGAAGCGUGAUUUGGACAUGAUUCAGACCGAGGCCGAAGUCUGUCUCAAGCUGCGCCACCCCAAUAUCGUGGCUUGCUUUGGGGAAGCUCAGACUGAUAGGUACGCAGUGUUAUUUUUCCACCAAAUGAACGGCCGCACGCUGAGCCGCUGGGCGCAGGACAUCCAGACGCAGCACAAGCGUAGUCUGAAAGAAGACGAUAUCCGCCCAAUCAUGUGGCAAGUCCUACACGCCCUGCAUUACCUGCAGACGGCAUGCAUCGUUCAUGCAGAUCUACACGCCGACAAUAUAAUGGUAGCAGCGAACGGCACUGCUAUGCUGAUCGAUUUUGGCUGGGCGCAGAACUUUCGCUGGGGAAAGCCAGGCAUGUUGCGGCCCAGCAACUACGCAUACCCGCCUUAG